GUCAGUACUGCAUCCACAGAGGAGGAGAGGGGGAGAGGGCCACACAGCAGCACUGCCGGCCACAAUAAAGCCCGAGUUUGCAGAGAGACACGGGGGCUUACAGGACGAAUCUGUGAUCAUUUCUGCAGCGUUUUCUGGACUGUGUAGUCUUGCGCUUUUGCUGCCAUCAGUCUCCGGGCUGCAGGAGGAGAAGCUGGGGAGGACUCGCCUCCCUGAAAAAGCCCGAUCUGUCGGUGGCGGAAGGGACGUGAUAUGAACCCCUCGUCGGCUUGAACGGCGGUGCAGCUGAAUAUCCCCGUUUUCCAGAGGAUCGGGAGGACAUUUUAAACCUUUAACCUGCAGCUGAAGGCCCGAGAAAUAUCCACAGAACCUGCAGCGAUGCCCGGGUUUGACUACAAGUUUCUGGAAAAGCCAAAGAGACGGUUCCAGUGUCCGCUCUGCAGCAAGGCGAUGCGGGAGCCGGUCCAAGUGUCUACCUGCGGACACCGUUUCUGUGACACCUGUCUGCAAGAAUUUCUAAGUGAGGGCGUCUUCAAGUGUCCAGAGGAUCAGCUGCCGUUGGACUAUGCCAAGAUCUACCCAGAUCCAGAGCUGGAGCAGCAGAUCCUGGCUCUGCCCAUCCGCUGCAUCCACAGUGAGGAGGGCUGCCGCUGGACCGGCCAGAUGAAGCAACUGCAGGGCCACUUCUCCACCUGCGCCUUCAAUGUGAUACCCUGCCCCAAUCGCUGCUCCGUCAAGCUGACGCGCCGCGACUUGCCCGACCACCUGCAGCACGACUGCCCCAAGCGUAAGGUCAAGUGCGAGUUUUGUGGCAGCGAGUUCACCGGUGAAGCCUAUGAGAACCACCAGGGUGUGUGUCCUCAGGAGAGUGUUUACUGUGAGAACAAGUGUGGGGCGAGGAUGAUGCGUCGUCUGCUGUCCCAACACAGCAUGGCCGAGUGUCCCAAACGCACACAACCCUGCAAGUACUGCGGCAAGGAGUUUGUGUUUGACACAAUCCAGAACCACCAGUACCACUGCCCUCGGUUUCCUGUCCAGUGCCCAAACCAGUGCGGUACACCCAACAUCGCCCGGGAGGACCUGGCCAACCAUGUGAAGGACAACUGCGGCAGUGCGCUCGUUCUCUGUCCCUUCAAAGACGCCGGCUGCAAACACAGAUGCCCCAAACUGGCCAUCGGCCGCCACCUGGAAGACACCACUAAGUCUCACCUGACUAUGAUGUGUAACCUGGUGGGUCGCCAGCGGCAGGAGAUCCUGGAGCUGCGGAGGGAGAUGGAGGAGCUGUCCGUCAGUCACGACGGCGUCCUCAUCUGGAAACUCAACGACUACUCGCGUAAACUCCAGGAGGCCAAACUCCGAAGCAACCACGAGUUCUUCAGCCCGCCCUUUUACACUCACCGCUACGGCUACAAGCUGCAGGUGUCGGCGUUCCUGAACGGUAACGGCAGCGGCGAGGGCUCCCACCUCUCCGUCUAUAUCCGCGUGCUGCCCGGAGAAUACGACAACCUGCUGGAGUGGCCCUUCUCCUACAAGGUGACUUUCUCCAUCCUGGACCAGAGUGACCCGUCGCUUUCCAAACCCCAGCACAUCACCGAGACCUUCAACCCCGACCCCAACUGGAAGAACUUCCAGAAGCCCUGCAGCAGCCGCAACUCGCUGGACGAGAGCACCCUUGGCUUUGGCUACCCCAAGUUCAUCUCGCACGAGGAGAUCAAGAAGAGGAACUACAUCCGAGACAACUGCAUCUUCAUCAAGGCUUCUAUAGAGAUUCCCCAGAAGAUAAUGGCUUAAGAUCUGAGCUUUGUUUUCUUUUUAUGAAGGAGAAAGAUAGGUUAAAGACUGAAGUGACACUUAACCUUGAAAACUUCUACACACUUACCCUUUAGAUACUUUCUGCCCUUAUAGCCUCUCCACCACAGAGCUUGACGCAAGUCUGUUUGGCUGUGUGAGCUGAAUCGGAGGACUUGAUCUAUCACAGAGGAGAAAGUGUUUGGUCUGCAGAACCAUCACUCUCUGUUUCUUUCUAUUACUUUUUUUUUUUUUUUUUUUUUUUUUGUUAAAUCUGUUUGCUGACCUUUUAUCACAGUCUACAACACAAAGCCUUGGAAAUCAAACAGUGCCUAGAGAGUUUAUCUUAAGUUAUAUUUUUGUUGUUAUUUCCGCAGUACAGAUGCUAAAGAUUAUGGAAACGAUAUAAAAUAAGGGUGAAGGGCCUCACUAAGCCUCUGCACUUAGAGUAGAGAGAAAGUUAAAGGCUGUUUAGAGACGUCCUGUUUUAUCUGGAGUGAGGGAGCUCUGCAGACUCAUGCUCAAGCCCAACUGCCUUUUGUUUACAUGCCCGUACAGUAUACUCCCACUGAUCCCUUAACAAACACAGAGCCCUUGGUAAGAGACUACUUAUGAGUCGAUGUUUUCAGGUGAUUUUUGGUUUAAAGGAACAAUUUCACAUUUGAACUGAGAAGUUCGUCACCACUUUCAUAUCUGUGUGUUAAAUAUGAAGCUACGCCCUGCAGUCAGUUAGCUUAGCUUAGCAUAUUUUAGCAUAGCAAGACAUAAAAACAGGGGGAUACAGCUAGCCUUGCUCUAUCCAAAAGUUUAUACGUGUUCAACAAACAAGAUUUAACAUGUUAGCUAAUGAACUUUAGAGAUGCUGGUAGGCAGAUUUUGUUACCUUACCUUAACAGAACCAGGCUAGCUGUUUCACCCUGUUUCCAGUCUAUACGCUAAGCUAAGCCCAGUGACUGCAGGCUGAAGCUCCGUAAUUAAAAGACUAGUUUGAUAUUCGGGGGAAUACGCCUAUUUGCUUUCUUACCAAGAGUUAGAUGAGAAGAUCGAUAACACUCUCGUGUCUGUGCGCUUCAGGAGCGUGGCGACGUACUAAACACAGACUUCAUAGUGGCCCUUUGAGGCUUCGUAUCUAUUGUGGUGUCCGCCAGUAGGAGAGAAAAAAAAAGCACCUUUCGUUGGUCUUCAGAUGAGCAGACAAAGAGGCCAGUUGUCACAGUACACGUGCAUUUAAUAGUGAAGGAAAAGCCAUGUGGCCUUUUUAUACAGUAUGUCUUCGCAUGAGGGUUUUAGGGGUGAGCAGGGCAACAUAAACACAUGCAUGCUUCAUGUGCUACCACCUGGACCACAUUUUUGUACUGUAACCUGUAUUCUUGAAAUCCUCUCCCGUUGAUGGCUAUUUUGUCUCUUUUUUUUGGACCAUUUGAAAGUUGACAAAUUGUCAAAGAGAAAAGUUUUUUUUGUUUGUUUGUUUUUAUAUACAAAAAAUGUGAACACUGUUGGUAAUGUAACCUAUAAAGACAAUGAACACUUGGCUGUGAAGUGUAUUGUUUUACAUAGCCCGGGCUAUGGAUGGUGCACGGAGGCUGUUAAUGACACCGUCUUUUCAAUAUAUGUCGGUGUCUUGGGACGCACUGCACCUUUGCCGUUACCACUGGUGGUAUCACCGGUGUCUAUUUUCAGCUCGGCAUACAAUGUGACGACGAGGAUGUCGGUUGGAGGGAAGCAGCCCUGUGUGAUAUACCUGUCUCCAUCACAGCACCAUCAGAGGGAUGGAGGACUUUGAUGAUACAAUACACUCAUGAUGUAUGUGAAUACUAAUGUAAAAAUGCAGAAGCACAUUCUGUCUUUUUAUUACUAUACAUGGAAAAAUUCCUGAUUUCUUGUCAUAAUACCAGCUGAUAUUUUACAGUGAUUUAAAGAAGUGAGAAGAUAAAACUUUUUUUGUAAGAUUCUGUAUUUUUAAAAAUACUUAGCUGUUUUAUACAAACACUUUUCGUUGGAGAGUCGGGGUUGACUUUGGGAACUUUCAGACCCUUUCGUCUCUUGGACAUUUGGAUGAUUUGUUUGUCCGUGUGGUUUGAGCCUCACAUAUUCUGUCUGUAUUAUUUCCUCUUAAAAGUAUUUAUUUUAAGGAGCCGUCGUGUGAGUUUUCACAGAUGGCACAAAUGUUUUAAUAUGUUGACUGAUGAGUGCUUGUCAAUUUCUUAAUUGA